AUGAAAUCGUAUCUUCGUUCUGCCGUCUGGUGGCCAAAGUUGGAUGCAGAUGCAGAGAAAUUCGUGAAGAGCUGCCGUGGGUGUACCCUGGUGUCCGCUCCAGAUGUUCCAGAACCAAUGCUUCGAAGACCGCUUCCAACCGGACCAUGGGAAGACAUCGCAAUCGAUUUCAUCGGACCGCUUCCUGAAGGUCAGUACCUAUUGGUACUAGUAGACUGCUAUAGCAGAUUCUUGGAGAUUUGCGAAAUGAGCUGCAUAGAUUGUGCAGAGGCAAUUGGGCGUUUAAGGGAGGUGUUCGGUCGAUUCGGUGUGCCGUCAUUGCUAAAAGCAGAUAACGGGCCUCAGUUUGCAAGUGAGGAGUUUAAAACAUUCUGCAGGGAAUAUGGGAUUCAGCUGGUCAAUACGAUCCCAUAUUGGCCUCAAAUGAACGGCCAGGUAGAACGCCAAAACCGUUCUAUUCUAAAACGUCUACGAAUUGCUCAAGAACUAGGCAAAGAUUGGCGUAAAGAGCUAAGUGAAUUUAUCCUGGUGUAUCAUUCAACUAAUCACGCAACAACAGGCGAAUCACCUUCGAAAUUGAUGUUCGGACGUCGGACGUCGGACUGCCACAUAUUCCCGUUAAACUGGAUGAUGAAGCUGUGCGAGACUUCGAUAGACUCCAAAAAGAGAAGGGAAAGAACUAUGCUGAUAGGAAGCGAGCAGGGUAUAGUGAAAUACCAGAAGGCGACAAAAAGGUCACAAGUUGGAAUCGGACUUUUCGUCAAAGGAGUAUGA